AUGAAACUUUCCACCUUAUCACUCCUCGUGGGCGCCUGCAUCGCCGUGCCCUGGAGACCACGCGAGCCCAGAGCGACCGGAUCCAAGCGACUGACAUUCAAUGAAACUGUGGUCACGCCUGAGCUGUCUCCCUCUUCGAUUUCAGUUCAAUGGAUUGAAACCGACAAUGAUGGGGAGUACGUCUUCCAGGAGCAGGACGGCAGCAUCAAGAUCGAGAGCAUCGUCACCAACCGAUCGCAGACCAUUGUCCCAGCUGACAAGGUGCCAGACGACACGUACGACUACUGGAUCAGUCCAGAUCUGUCGUCUGUGCUCUGGGCGACCAACUACACGAAGCAGUACCGCCAUUCCUUCUUCGCUGAUUACUACAUCCAGAAUGUCGAGACGUUCGAGUCAGCGCCGCUGGUGAAAGGCCAGGUUGGCGAUAUCCAGUAUGCCGAAUGGAGUCCCGAUGGGAAGUCCAUCGCGUUUGUGCGCGGAAAUAAUCUGUUUACUUGGGUUGAUGGCGAGGUGACUGCGAUCACUGAAGACGGUGGACCAGAUCUCUUCCACGGCGUGCCGGACUGGAUCUACGAAGAGGAGAUUCUGGGUGACCGGUUCGCGAUCUGGUUCUCGCCUGACUCAGAGCUGCUCGCAUUCCUGAGCUUCAACGAGACUGGCGUCCCUACGUACACCGUCCCGUACUACAUGGACAGCCAGGAGGUUGCGCCUCCUUAUCCGCGCGAGCUCGACAUCAGAUACCCCAAAGUCUCGGAGACCAACCCAACAGUCAAGCUGAGUAUUCUCAAGAUUAGUGAUAAGCAGGUGACGCCUAUUCCUAUCGAUGCAUUCGACCCCAGCGAGUUGAUCGUUGGUGAAGUAGCCUGGGUGACGGACGCGCACGGUGCCUUGGCUGUCAAGGCCUUCAAUCGUGUGCAGGAUGAGCAGAAGAUUGUCAUUGUGGAUACAGCUUCCGGCGAUACUACCGUCGCACAUGAACGCGAUGGUACUGAUGGCUGGUUGGAUAACUGGUUGUCCAUGGCAUACGUUGGGCCAGUCGGCAAUAGAAACUCUUCCACCUAUUUUGUGGAUCUGUCCGACCAUACCGGCUGGACACACCUGUAUCUCUUCUCAACCUCUGGCGGCGAUCCCAUCGCAUUGACUGAGGGAGAAUGGGAAGUUACAGAGGUGGUGAGCAUUGAUCAACAGCGCGAGCUCGUAUACUAUCUCUCGACGCAGCACCAUAGCACCGAGAGACACCUGUACUCGGUGUCAUAUAAGACCUUCAAGAUCAAGCCUCUUGUUGAUGAUAGCACCGAAGCAUACUGGAGUGCUUCCUUUUCUGCAAAGGCUGGAUAUUACAUUCUCACCUACGCCGGCCCAGAGGUCCCAUACCAGGAGCUUUACUCUGUAAACCAGACGGCUCCCCUUCGCACCCUCACCAGCAAUGCAGCACUGAUUGAGAAGCUCAAGGGCUACGCAUUGCCUGAAAUCAGCUACUUUGAACUCAGCAUCCCGAGCGGAGAGAAACUGAACGUAAUGCAGAGGCUGCCGCCGAACUUCUCCAAGGAGAAGAAAUAUCCCCUACUGUUCACUCCAUACGGCGGCCCAGGAGCACAGGAAGUCAGCAAAUCGUGGAACGGGCUCGAUUUUAACGCAUACAUUGCGUCCGAUCCCGAGCUUGAAUUCGUUACCUGGACCGUGGACAACCGCGGCACUGGCUACAAGGGACGCGAAUUCCGCUCCUUGGUGGCCAAACAGCUUGGAAACCUUGAGGCCGAGGACCAGGUUUAUGCUGCGGAACAGGCCGCACAGCGAGAAUGGAUUGAUUCCGACCACAUUGCAAUCUGGGGCUGGAGUUAUGGCGGUUACCUCACGGGCAAGGUUCUCGAAACUGACAGCGGCGCGUUCUCACUCGGAUUGUUGACAGCGCCUGUCUCCGACUGGCGAUUGUACGACUCUAUGUACACGGAGCGGUACAUGAAGACGCUGUCAACGAACGAGGAUGGGUAUAAUACCACCGCCAUCCGGCGCACGGAGGGCUUCAAGAAUGUAGAGGGAGGAUUCCUGAUCCAGCACGGCACCGGCGACGACAAUGUUCACUUCCAGAAUGCCGCUGCUCUGGUCGACACGCUGAUAGGAGAUGGCGUCACGCCAGAGCAAAUGCAGGUGCAGUGGUUUACAGACUCGGAUCACAGCAUUAGAUAUAACGGAGGCAAUGUCUUCUUGUAUAGACAGCUGGCGCAGAGGCUGUACGAGGAGAAGAAACGGUCGGACACGGAGGAUACACAUCAGUGGAGCAAGAGACACCAGUGGAUGGCUAAUUAA